AUGCCGAGGGUUCCGGGAGCAUUGUGGAAGAAGCUCAUUGCCGUGCAGGUCUAUGGUGCCAACACAGGAGUGGGCAAGACGGUCUUUUCGACACUCCUGGGUUCGCACUUUGCCAAAAGGACUGGUAAGACAAAAUGGAGAGUGCAGUACAUCAAGCCGGUAUCGACUGGUCCUGCAGAUGAAGCUGAUGAUAGUUAUGUGCAAAAGUACAGCGGGCGUUGUGUCUCGACACUGUUCAAGUUUGAUGAAGCCGUCAGUCCGCAUGUCGCAGCAAGAGGGGCUGAUCUGGUUCCUGGCGAUGAGCUCAUCAGUCAGACUGUCUUUAAGACCGUCCAGCAGGAGGCGACGGCAGCCUCAAUGAACACAGAUACCAUGGCCCUCGCCAUAGUCGAGACAGCUGGCGGCGUGCUUAGCCCAGGUCCCUCAGGUACUCCACAAGCCGACAUCUUCCGGCCGUUGCGAAUUCCCUCGAUACUAGUAGCUGACCAUCGCCUGGGUGGUAUCUCAUCGACCAUCUCCGCUGCUGAAUCCCUGAUUGUGAGGGGAUAUGACAUUGAUGCAGUGGUGUGUUUCAAUGACCACAGCAAGUAUGAGAAUGCUCAGUACUUGGAAGAGUACUUUAGCAAGUCGGGCAUUUCGGCCUUUACCUUACCCUGGAUCCCAAAUAUGCAGGGUAUUGGCGCGGGUACUAAAGAGGAAGCGGAAAUUAUGCAAGGCUUCUAUGAUGCCCAAAGUGUGGAGGAGCCUAUCCGCAAACUAGCCAUGAGGCUCCUCGAUCGCCACAGCGAACGGCUCGACAAUUUGAGUAGCAUGGCGUCACGGACUAGCGAAGCCAUCUGGCAUCCUUUUACACAGCAUAAGCAUUUGAAGAGCGCUGAUGAAAUACUCGUUUUCGAUUCCGCGUAUGGCGAUUACUUCCAAGUAAAGCAGACUGGCCAUGUGCCAGAGACGCACGAGAGCCGGUCAGAAUUGUACCCUGCAUUCGACGGCUCGGCAUCAUGGUGGACUCAAGGACUUGGUCAUGGAAACCCUCGACUUGCGCUAGAAGCAGCACACGCAGCUGGGAGGUACGGACAUGUCAUGUUCGCCGGCGCUACGCAUGAACCGGCUUUGGUCCUUGCAGAAAAGAUGCUCAGAGAAUCGCACAACCCGCGUCUCAAGAAAGUGUUCUACACAGACAAUGGAAGCACUGCGACUGAAGUCGGUAUCAAGAUGUCCCUCCGCGCAGCUAGCAAGCGCUACGAGUGGGACAGCAAUCGCGAAGACAUUGGGAUUCUCGGUCUCAAAGGAAGCUACCAUGGAGACACGAUUGGUGCCAUGGACGCUUCCGAACCUUGUAUAUUCAACGACAAAGUAGAUUGGUACCGUGGCCGAGGCUUUUGGUUUGACUACCCAACUUUCAAACUCAAAAAAGGCCAGUGGGUGGUUGAGCCACCAGAGGGCUUGGAAGUAGAGUUGGGCCCGACACAGCACUUUGAAAAACAAGACGACAUCUUCAAUUUCACGGCAAGAGGUCAUGCCACCCAGUAUGAAGCUUACAUAGAGAAGAUUUUGGAUGACUUGGUGAAGCGCCAAGGAAGAAAAUUUGGGGCGUUGAUCAUGGAGCCUGUCAUCCUCGGAGCCGGAGGCAUGAUCUUUGUUGAUCCGCUCUUCCAACAAGCUUUGGUGCGUGUUGUGCGCCGUUACGACUUCACCAACGAUUCUCGGACUGAAAAGCCUCCUGUUGCGGAUGAACACGCCUGGUCGGGGCUGCCUGUCAUGUUUGACGAGGUUUUCACAGGACUGUAUCGUCUAGGUCGCUUUUCAGCCGCGUCGUUCCUUCAAGCCCAUCCCGAUAUCAGCGUAAACGCCAAAUUACUUACAGGAGGUCUGCUACCGCUUUCCAUCACUUCCGCGAGUCAAUCCGUCUUCGAGGCUUUUUGGGGCGACAGCAAGGCAGAGGCGCUUCUGCAUGGACACAGCUACACUGCACAUGCAGUGGGCUGCCAUGUGGCCAACACCAGCUUGGAAAUAAUGCAGCAGGCGAGCGUAGGCCAAGAGUGGAAAGAUUUCAAGAAGCAAUGGGCUGGUAGUGAUGAGGGCAAUUCAUGGAGCAUGUGGUCCAGGUCAUUUGUGGAAAGAUUAUCCAAUCACGCGAGAGUCGACUAUGUGAAUGCGCUAGGCUCCGUUCUUGCGGUGUCACUUACUGAUGGCCAAGGCUCAGGAUAUAAUUCUUUAGCUGCAGUAGGCAUUCGCGAUAAGCUCCUAUAUGGCGUGCCAAGUCCGCAGGUCCAGAUACAUUCGCGGGUUUUAGGAAACGUUAUUUAUCUCAUAGCAGGUAUUACAACAACCUAUAGGCACAUAUUAGAUAUUGAAGCUACAUUCAUUCGAACCCUUGACUAG